AUGUCACAAUAUCGCAGUCUAUCGACACCCGACCCCGAAUUCGCUCCGCUGCUUGCGCAGCUGCCCACCAAUGGCGGCGUGCCGGAAGACAUCACGGCCUGGCGCGAACUGGUCCAAAACGUCGUCACACCCGCUCUGAUGAAUAUCCGCCGGCCGCAUCUCCCUCCAGAAAGCAAGUACCGUGUCCGGGAUCAUCAGAUUCCUGUCGACGGAGGUGAGAUCGCUAUUCGAUGCGUAAUUCCCACGCCUUCUGGGAACGAGGACGAGGUAUUUCCCCUCAUGUUAUGGAUUCAUGGCGGAGGGUCGAUAACCGGGUCUCUGGACACAGAUGACUUUUACCUCAGAGAUCUCAGCGUCGAUCUCCAGAUUUCGAUCGUGAAUGUCGACUACAGGCUCGCACCCGAGCAUCCAUUCCCCAACGGCCUCAACGACUGUUACGCAGCGCUGAAAUGGGCGGUGGAAAACGCGCCUCUCCUCUCUGCAUCGCUGGCCAAAGGCUUCAUAGUGGGAGGCCAAUCUUCUGGGGCGAAUUUCACAGCGGUAUUGGCGCACCGUGUGAGAGAUGAUCCUUUUUUCGCAGACAGGCCCCUCAGCGGCCACAUCCUCCAGUACCCGACCAUCGUCCACCCCGAGGCCGUGCCAGAGAAGUACAAAUCCGAGCUAUUAUCCACGGAGACGGAGAAAGACGCGCCCUUCUUCACCACCGCGAACAUCCACUUCAUAGCCCGUCUUGCGAAGGCGGAGCCGUUCAAUCCAGAAUGUUCUCCGCUCUUGUAUCCCAGCCACAAGGGACUUCCUCCGGCAUAUAUCCAGGUGUGCGGGUGGGAUCCCGUGCGCGACGAGUGCCUUCUCUACGAGAAAGUGCUCAGAGAGGACAGAGUGGCGACCAAACUCGACGUAUACCCCGGCGUUCCGCAUGCGUUUGCCGCGAUGUUCCCGAGCAUCUCUCUAGCGGUGAAGCAUGACAAGGACCUCAGGCAGGCCAUCCGAUGGCUGCUCGGCGGCGCGAAGUCGGGAUAG